UUUCGUAUAUUUGUUAUGUUGGAGAAAACGAAAAAAAAAAGAAGAAGAAAAGAGUUAUGUGUGUAGUCACCAUUCAUUACGAGCAGUCUUUGUCCAACUUGGUGAACGCUACGGACUCUCUUCAUCGAAGCGAAAUAUAAAUUGUAUUUUAAAACGAAAAAUGUUGUAUACACGUCCCCUUCUAUUAAUGAUCUUGAUCUUAACGAUCGAGCAAAGUAGAGGGAUAAAUGUUGGGUCAAUCUUUGGCUUCGGCCGAGAUCUUGACAAUAAUGAAAAUAAUGAUGAGAACAAUAAUGAAGACAAUGCAGUAUCUACGAAGAUCUCUACGGUCGAACAAUUUCUUAAAACACUAUUAAUACCGGUAGAAGCUUUGGGAAAUGCAAAAGAAGCUGUUGGAAAAGGUGUAAAUCAAAUAAUAUCAAAACUCCCAGGGAAACUUAAAAAUCCAAUUAAAGAUGAUUUUAAUAGUACCAAGCUAAAAUACGGUCAAGUUUUGAAUUUAGUUUCGGAUAAGUUCAAAGCUAUAUAUCCAGGUACCCAUUGGUGUGGAGAUGGUGAUAUAGCAAAGAACGAAGAUGACCUUGGUUUCUUUGCAAGUACUGAUGCUUGUUGUAGAGCUCAUGAUAUGUGUUUCAAUAAUAUAAAUUCAGGCGAAGAAAAGUACCGCCUUCUAAACAAUGGAAUUUUUACGAGAUCACAUUGUUCAUGCGACUCUGCCUUUUACAAUUGUUUAAAAAAUGCUGAUUCAAUUGUUGCCACAAAAAUUGGGUUCACUUAUUUCGACGUUUUAAGUCCACAAUGUUUUAACGAAGAUUAUCCUAUUAUAAAGUGCAACAAGUAUUCUAGUCCUCUUCAACAUAAAUGCAUUGAAUAUAGUCAAGAUAUGAAUGAAGAAAAGAAAUAUCAGUGGUUUGAUAAUCCACCUUUUUAAAUUUAAGUGUUAUAUUUUUAUUUAAAAUCGUAAAAAAUGUGCUAUAAUAAACAUAUAAAUUUGUUGUGAUAAUGUAGUAAAUUGUAGUAAUAUUGUAAUAAUGUAGUCAAUAGUAAUAAUAUUUUAAUGAUUGAAUGAAAA